UUACACAAACUCAAAAGAAGUCGAGGAGGAACGAAAAGAAACAGGAAGAAGGCGAAGAAGAUACGAUCGGUACCACAAUGACUUCGACUAAGAGAUUAUGCAAGGAGCUCGAUGACAUCCGCAAAUCUGGGAUGAAGCAUUUCUGCAACAUCCAAGUGGAUGAGUCAAAUAUUUUGACCUGGCAAGGGCUCAUUGUUCCCGACUGUCCUCCAUAUGACAAAGGAGCCUUUCGGAUUGAGAUCGUCUUCCCCGCCGAGUACCCCUUCAAGCCCCCUAAGAUCACCUUCAAGACAAAAAUCUACCACCCCAACAUCGACGAGAAGGGCCAAGUAUGCCUGCCUAUCAUCAGUGUGGAGAACUGGAAACCGGCCACGAGAACCUGCCAAGUGAUUCAGUGUCUUAUUGCUCUGGUGAACAUACCUCAGCCUGAGCACCCGCUGAGGGCAGACCUGGCAGAGGAAUACACUAAAGACCGCGCCAAGUUCAUGAAGAACGCCGAGGAGUUUACAAAGAAACACAGCGAAAAGCGACCUGUGGACUGACGAAAACACUGACCCUCACCGCUGUUUUUCCUCCUUUGUUUCCGCCCCAUCUCUGUUGUCUUUAAAGAGAUGCCAUGUUCUCGUGUACCCACAUUAUUUUAGCACUCUGCAAGCACUCCUUAGAGGCUUGUGUUUCUGUUUAACUUUGCCAAAAAAAGCAGGACUUUUUGGUGAAUAGGCAGGCUCUGGCCUCUAGGUGUCUCCUUUUGGUUUGUUAAUCACUUUCUACCGAUUUCUUUUUACAAAAAUAUAGAGAAUUGCCAGGGAUGGCAUCCUGGAAAGUGACAUGUCUGAAAUAAAAGUGCUGUUCUGCUUCAACGUUGAAUGUUUUCUUUGAUUAAUCAUUAGUGUAUGGAGACUGUACAGAUGUCUAAACUUUGCUUUCCGUUUUCUCAUCCCCUGCCUUGAUUUUGCUUUCGUUUCCUUUUCCAUGAGGAUACACUGAAGUCUGUGAAAUCACCUGUUGCAGUAUAUGAACAUUGUUACUGAUCCACAUGUAAACAAAGAUAUUUAUAAAAAUGCAGCAACAUUCUUCUGUAUUUUGAGAUCUUGACAAAUAUCCCUUCUUUAAUUACAGUUCUUCCACCUCUGUUGGCCUGCCAGGAAGUGCAUAGGGCCAGUCAACAUAUUCAUUUUUACAUGGGAACGCGGGUCUUUAUGUGAUGAUGUAACUACUGGAUGUCAGACACGGUUCUGGAGACACUUCAGUUUCCUCUCCUAAGCAGUUCAAGCACAUGCAGUUAAUGAUUGUUCAGUUUAUGGAGAACUAAACCUUGGCAUUAAAACAAGUUAAACAUA